AUGCUCUGCGCCGGGAAGUUCUGCGGGAUCGGAGCCGGGACAGCAGCUUUGCAAUGGUUGCACGCCUCGCGGGGCGGCCUCCUCGCUGGCAUCCGGGCCCGAGGGGUCAGCACCAGCUGGUCUCCGGUGGGCGCCGCCUUCAAUGUCCAACCCCAGGGCUACAGUCUGGACUUGUUCGGCGAGCGCCGGGGCCUUUUUGGAGUUCCUGAGCUCAGCACCCCGGAAGGAUUCCAUGUGGCACAAGAAAAGGCUUUGAGGAAAACGGAAUCGCUCUUGGAGCUAGCGAGCCGGACGGCGCCAGGCCCGCAGACGGUGCUCAUCUUUGACGAGCUCUCCGAUUCCCUGUGCAGAGUGGCCGACUUGGCUGAUUUUGUGAAAAUUGCCCACCCUGACCCCGCGUUCCGAGGGGCUGCUGAAGAAGCCUGUCGAAGCAUCGGCACCGUGGUGGAAAAGUUGAACACAAAUGUGGAAUUGUAUCAAAGUCUACAGAAACUGCUAGCUGAUAAAAACCUUGUAGAUUCUCUGGAUCCAGAAACCAGGCGAGUGGCUGAACUCUUUAUGUUUGAUUUUGAAAUCAGUGGAAUACACCUAGAUAAAGAAAAGCGUAAACAAGCUGUGGACCUGAAUGUGAAAAUCUUGGAUCUGAGCAGCACAUUUCUGAUGGGAACCAACAUCCCAAAUAAGAUCGGCGGGCAUCUCCUGCCAGAGCACAUCUGCCGCCACUUCCCUGUGGAUGGCAACUGUGUCAUCGUUGAUGGUCUGCAGGCCGAGGCACCAGACGACAUGGUGCGAGAAGCUGCUUAUAAAAUUUUCCUUUAUCCCAAUGCUGGACAGUUGAACUGUUUAGAGGAACUGCUCAGACACAGAGACCUGCUGGCCAAGUUAGUGGGCUAUCCCACCUUUUCCCACAGAGCUCUCCAAGGAACUAUAGCCAAAACUCCAGAGACGGUCAUGCGGUUCCUCGAGAAACUUUCAGACAAACUUUCAGAGAGAACUGUAAAAGAUUUUGAGAUGAUGCGACGGAUGAAAACGAAACUAAAUCCUCAGAAUGCUGAAUUAAUGCCCUGGGAUCCCCCCUACUACAGCGGUGUGCUCCGCGCAGAGAGGUAUAACAUCGAGCCCAGUCUAUAUUGCCCCUUCUUCUCCUUGGGCGCGUGCAUGGAAGGCCUGAAUCUCCUGUUUAACCAGCUCUUAGGCAUUUCCUUGUAUGCCGAGCAGCCGGCCAAAGGCGAGGUGUGGUGCGAAGAUGUCCGCAAACUGGCUGUGGUUCAUGAAACUGAAGGAUUGUUGGGAUACAUCUACUGUGAUUUUUUUCAGCGUGCUGAUAAACCACAUCAGGAUUGCCAUUUUACCAUCCGAGGAGGCCGGUUAAAGGAGGACGGCGUCUACCAGCUCCCUGUCGUGGUCCUCAUGCUGAGUCUUCCCAAGUCAUCCAGGAGCUCGCCCACCUUGCUAACACCCGGGAUGAUGGAGAACCUUUUCCAUGAGAUGGGGCAUGCCAUGCAUUCUAUGCUGGGACGCACUCGCUACCAGCACGUCACUGGGACCAGAUGCCCCACGGAUUUUGCCGAGGUGCCUUCCAUCCUGAUGGAGUAUUUUGCCAAUGAUUAUCGAGUGGUUAACCAAUUUGCCAGGCAUUAUCAAACUGGGCAGCCACUACCAAAAAACAUGGUGUCCCGCCUGUGUGAAUCUAAAAAAGUUUGUGCAGCAGCUGAUAUGCAACUUCAGGUCUUCUACGCCAUUCUGGAUCAGAUCUACCAUGGGAAGCAUCCCCUGAGGAAGUCGACCACAGACAUUCUUCAGGAAACUCAGGAGAAGUUUUAUGGGCUGCCCUACGUUCCCAACACUGCAUGGCAGCUUCGGUUCAGCCACCUCGUGGGCUAUGGUGCCAAAUACUACUCCUACCUGAUGUCCAGGGCUGUGGCGUCCAUGGUUUGGAGAGAGUGUUUCCUACAGGAUCCGUUCAGCAGGGCCAUGGGUGAGCGUUACCGCCGCGAGUUGCUGGCACACGGAGGCGGCAAGGAGCCCAUGCUCAUGGUGCAAGGUAUGCUUCAAAAGAGCCCUUCCAUCGACGACUUUGUCAGUGCCCUGGUUGACGACUUGGAUCCGGACUUUGAAACAUUCUUCAUGGAUUCUGAGUAA